GCAGUUGGAUCAGCUAUUUCUACUUGUGUCUGCUUCUACUUCUACCACCCUGAACAUUUCCUUCAGCUAUGGAGCGUCUGAAGUUAGUCCUGCAGUACUUCCAGUCCAACUCUGAGUCUAUAUCCAAUGGGAUCUGUAUCAUCCUGGCCUUGGUCAGUGUCAAGCUCUACACAAGCUUUGACUUUAACUGCCCGUGCCUUCCUCAGUACAACAAACUGUACUCCCUGGGAGUGAUGAUCGUCCCGCCCAUCAUACUGUUCUUCUUGGGGGUCCUGGUCAACCGGCAUACAGGCGUCAUGAUGGAGGAGUGGAUGAGACCUGUUGGUAACAGAUCCAAAAAUCCUGCUGUGGUUAAGUACCUUUUCUCGGCCAUGAUCCAGAGGGCUCUGCUGGCACCGAUGGUGUGGAUCCUGGUGACUUUGCUGGAUGGAAAGAUCUUCAUCUGUGCCUUCAGUGUCAGUGUAGACCCUGCUCUCUUCUCAGGUUUUCCCAACAACACAAGUCUGGAUGUGAUCAAAAUCAUGGCCAAAGUGCCCUGCAAGGAGGACAUUAUCUUCACAAACAGCUCUUUCCGCAAAGCAGUCUCUCGUUACGUUCGCUGCUAUUCACAAGCAGUUGGCUGGUCCAUCCUCCUCUUGCUGAUUGUACUGGGAGCACUAGGACGCCUCAUCAAGCCCUGUUUUGACGACUACGCCACCUCCCUGCAGACGCGAUACUGGAGCAACUACCUCGACGUGGAGCAGAAGCUCUUUGACGAAACCUGCGUCCUGCACGCUCGUGACUUCGCCCGUAAAUGUGUGGUGCAGUUCUUUGAGGACAUGAGGGAGGAUGCUGUACUCUGUCUUCCCCACCCGUCCUUCAUCACGAACUCCCGAUCGGAGUGGGAGGAUGAAGAGGAAGAGAGACUUCAUGGGAUUUCAAAGCAGGAGCAGGUGGACCAGCUGCUAAACAAAUGGUACUACAGUAAACCUGAACUGGACGUCACCAGGAUAGCCCACAGACCCAGGAUGUGUGUUACCUGGGAGGACCGUAACGGGAAGCCUUUAUACUCUGAUGUCUAG